AUGUCCGACAUAGGCGCUUCAGAGCCUUGGGACCAGGCUACUUCUCUGUGGCUCGCCAAUGAUUUGCCUCAAGAGAUGCUUUCACACCUCAAACUCGGUGGCUCCCCUGACACUGCAAUCAAUUCUUCCUUCAAGCUAGGGAGCGCAGCCCAGACAUCGAUUGGCCUAUCAGGCCUAGCAGCUGCGUAUAUCCAUUCUUUGAGGACAGGAAAUAUGCAAGACGUAAGCGUCGAUGCACGUCAUGCUAUCCUGGAUAUCUCGAGUGAAUAUUGGCACUCCGUAGAUGACCAGAGGGCCACUCCAUUCCCAUGGAUGCAACUGGCGGGAAUUUAUAGAACCAAGGACAACAGUUUCGUUUGUUUGCAAACCUACUUUCCGCACCACGCAGAAGCCAUCCUCAAUAUUCUGCAGUGCGAAUCCACUCGUAAAGCCAUUCAAGCUGCCUUACUGCAAUGGAACGCGAAAGAUUUUGAAGAAGAAGCAGAAAAGCAGAACAUGUGUGUUUCUGCCUAUAGGUCAUUCGAGGAAUGGGAUAAGCAUCCCCAAGCAGCUGCAUUACGAGGAACCCCUCCCAUUCAGCUCAUAAAGAUCGGAGACGCUCCCAAACGGGAAAUCAAGGGGUCCCCACCGUUCCCUCUUGACGGAAUUAGAGUGUUGGAUCUGUCCCGAGUGCUUGCAGGACCGGUGUGCGGCCGAACGCUCGCAGCAUAUGGCGCUGAUGUACUCCUGGUUUCGUCCCCAAAGCUUCCUGACUUACCCUUCAUCGACUUUGAUACAUCUCGUGGCAAGCGCACGACGCAACUCGACCUCACGGAGCCCACUCACCACGACCGCCUGAAAGAAUUAGUGAAGGAUGCUGACGGCAGCCUUCGAGACAAAGGUUUCGGGGCCCAUGAGCUUGCCAAAAUUCGCCCUGGUAUUGUAUGCGCCAAUUUGACAACGUAUGGCUGGGAAGGGCCCUGGAAGAACAAGCGCGGUUUCGACUCGCUCGUGCAGACCGCUAUGGGCUUCAAUUGGGCGGAGGCUGAAGCUUUUGCUGAAUUUAAUGGACAACCCGUCGUGGAUAAGCCAGAACCUCGAGCACUCCACAUGCAUGCCUUAGAUCAUGUCGCAGGGUACUUCCUCGCUUUUGGCAUUCAAGCUGCGAUCGCAAAAACGAUCACGGAGGGCAGCUCUUGGGAAGUCCGUGUUUCUUUAGCAGCAGUUGCGCAGUGGCUGCGAUCACUUGGGCAAAUUCAGCCAAAGAUUGCGUUCGGGGAUGGGAAACCUCUUCCAAAACGAACAGAUGCUGAGGUAGCCGCAUUGUCGGUCACACUCCACGAGGCGACAGGUGACAAAAGGCAAGUUGAAGGGACCCCAAGGACGAUGGUAGCCAUGCGACAUGCAGUGCAGCUAUCCGCCACACCUGCUAAGAAUGUGGAAGCUCCCCUAGGCUUGGAUCGGCAUGAACCUGUGUGGCUACUGCGUGUAUGA